AUGUCGAACCCUCAGUUCUGGUCUUCUCCCCUCCGCUACCUCCGCUGGGCCUCGCACGAGAAGCCCGCUAUCUUUUACGCCAUGGUUCUUGGUUGCUCCGGCCCGGUCUCGCUGGUCGCCCUCCCUCCGAUCCGCCGGUUCUUCGGUGAUGUUGACCCGGAGCCUAUUCCUCUGACAUAUCCCAUCCCGCAAGGACCCCGAUCGAUCCCGCAAGGCUACGAUGACCAGUAA